UUUGAUGAUUCAUUUGUCAGCCACGCAUUUGUUAUGGUGAAUUCUGAACCUCUACUUUUAUGCAGUUUGAAUGCUCCACUAGCAGAGAUCAACAUGGCAGGUACACCAUUAAGUAACAAGAAUAGGGAGAAAACUAUUGAUGCUACCAGUAUAGACUCUCAUCAACUUCUACCAUGUGACUAUAACGGCUCUGCUUCCACUGGAUUGGGAACAACAACUUGCAUCAGAAACCAUCGCUUGCUUCAGCUCUGGCCAAAACCAUCUCACCUUCUGUGUUGCCCGUCAACCUGUAAAUUCCUUUGUCACUAUUGCCUACACUAACCUUCCUUUGAGUUACAUGUUCACUGGUUGCAUCACUGUGCUUCUGAUCACAACUCAAACAUUUCCAUGUACAUAUUAUAACGAUACUAUACAAACCAGCAAUGCAAAAGCUUACAACAUUUCCACCAAAUUAUGUACAGGUUUCAUAUCGAUAUCGAAAGUGAUGACAUCUCAAUCUCAUGCAUUCUCCUCUUCAACAACAAUGUCGCUACGCUACCUCAACUCUGUCAUGGGAAAGAAGUUUACCGUCAAAAUUGAACUGGACAAGACACAAAGAUUGACAAUUCCGUAUUUUAGUCAUCAUCGUAUGGAAUCCACUUGCCUUUAGACUUGAGACUCAUUAAGACUCUACCUCAUAUUUAAUGAUGUCGAGACAUUUAUUCAUAUAUUGUGUUUUCUUAGACACUAUGUUGUAAUGGUAC